UUGCCCAAGCACCACGUAGAAUUCCUUUCCACAUUCGCAAAGCUGUCCAGGCAAAACUUGAUGAACUCGAAACACUUGGUAUCAUUGAACCAGUGAACGGGCCUACCCCCUGGGUCUCACCUCUGGCUUCAGUACCAAAGCCUAAUGGUGACAUUCGUGUCUGUGUAGACAUGCGUCAAGCAAAUUCUGCAAUAAUCCGCGAGUGCCACCCUAUCCUUACUAUCGAAGAAACUCUACAAGAGUUGCAAGGAGCCACCAUUUUCUCUAAAUUUGAUUUACGAUCCGGCUAG